AUGGAAUCACGACAUUUUGAGUCCUUUGGCGCAAAAUUCCAGAUUUUCCUGGGUUUUCUGGCAGGAGCCAUGAUCAAUUGUGCUGAUAACACAAAAGUUGAAAAUCUGCAUAUCAUCUCUGUGAAAGAGAUCAAGGGACAAAUGAAUAGACUUCCCACUGCUGGUGUGGGUGACAUGGUAAUGGCCACAAUCAAGAAAGGCAAACCAGGGGCGGCAAAGAAGAUACAUCCACCAGUGGUAAUUCAAUCAUGAAAGUCAUACUGGAAAGAUAACAUAGGGGUCACAGUAAACAAUAAAGACAAGAUGAAAGGUUCUGGCAUUAGAGGACCAAUUGCAAAGGAGUGUGCCACAGACUUGUGGCCCAGGAUGGUGUCUGAUGCUGGCAGCAUUGCAUGA